CACGAGUCAUCUCGUCGUAUCAAGACGGAAUUUCUGGUACAACUGGACGGUGUCGCAACGAACUCAGACGAACGAUUGUUGGUCCUCGCAGCAACAAAUCGCCCACAAGAGCUUGAUGAAGCUGCUCGACGGCGUUUUGUCAAGCGUCUUUAUAUCGCUUUGCCGGAAGCUGAGGCAAGACUGACUAUUGUCAAAAAUUUACUUACUGAUAUGAAACAUUCACUCGAGGAGGAAGACUAUAAUCGGAUAGCGGAAUUGACAGAAGGUUAUUCGGGCGCUGAUGUGAGGCAACUGUGUGCCGAAGCCGCCAUGGGCCCAAUUCGAGAUGUGGAUAAUUGCUCUUCCAUGGAUAUCGAGACGAUAGGCGCAGAUGAGAUACGGCCUAUCUCAUUAACCGAUUUCAUCAGUGCUGCAGAAGUUGUUCGUCCUACUGUUAUGAGUGAGGAUUUAACUGCUUACAAGCUUUGGGACAGCAAAUUUGGUUGCCUUGUCUGA